AUGUCUCGUAAUAAAGAAAAACAGAACAAUGAAUUAAAUCGAUUAUAUUUAUCAAAAUUAAAACGACCAAAAGUUAAACGACCACAUUUACAAACAACAUCUGUUCGUUAUACGAAUGAAAAAGUUGAAUCAAUGUAUAAACAAAUAUCAGAAUUAGAAAAUGAACAUAAAAAUUUUCGACGAAAAAUAGCUCAAGUAGAAUUAGGCGCUAAUGUCAAUGUUCUUACAAAAACAAUUCCAGUUGAAAAAUCUAUUCAUUUUUAUACGAAAAAAUCAAUUAAUCAUCAACAUGAAACUUUGAAUGAAUUUUUUAAUAAAAAAAUUGAUCUACCACUUCUAUCAAUGAAUGAUUAUCAAAUAGAAUCAUUAGAAAAAAAUUUAACAGUGAUUAAUAAUGAUAAACCAUUGAAAAAUAAUACUCUUGUUGAUUAUUCGGAUUCUGAUUGA